CUCGAAAUGAAACAUUCGAUACAUUUAAUGAGGCAAUGUCUGAUUAAGAGAAAUGCAAGUUUCUUCCGAAGCUCAACAACGAACUCCCUGGUGAGAAAAAUUCGACGUACAAGGAAAGGUUUAGUAGCUUACAGAACCUGGUGCUUAUCAUGUUUGAGCAUGACACUGUUUUGAUACCAAAGGAGACCGCGUGGUUUGGAUAUUACGAAGAUGAGAGCUUCAAAUCAAUUUUAAGUCCACAACAGACCGAUCUGUUUACUGAGGACUGGAUCGGUUUGAGAAACUUGGAUGAAGCUGGGAGGGUCAUGUACAUUAGCGUUGCAGGAGGUCAUCUCGGAAUCUCCACCAGCGACAUGAAAAAGCACGUGGUGCCCUACUUGCAAGUUUCAGCGUCGAUGAUGGAUGGAAACAAGAAAGCUAGUUAUACCAGGGCAAGUGGAGUUGAACUUGGAUUUGUGGAAAGCAAUGAGAAAAUGCAAGUAACGCCUGAUUUUGAUGAUAGAGCGAGCAUCAACUGGAGAUGUACCGGAAGGGUGGUCGUCUUACGGGUGGCCCUUACCAGUCAAGAAUUUGUUCAGUGAACUUCUUGGGCUCACAUAGGACAAGUCACUCCCUCAGCCUUGAUGAAGCUUAAUUACUAGGUAACUCAAACUACCAAAUCAAGAAUUACACUGGGGUCUGUGGGUGGGGAUGAUUUAUUUGUACAAUAAUUGCAAUUUAUUCCAUGCCUAUGUGACUGAAACCCUGCUAAUAUAUGGUUAUGUUAUUCUGUACAAAAUUAUGCAAGGACUGAUCUUGGUAAAUAAAAUUGCGUUCAGCAUAAAAA